AUGAAUCUUUUGCAACCUCCCACAAUUCUAUACUCCCCAGGAAGCACAAGUGUCAAAUCAACCCAAAAAGUUCUCAAAAUUAGACGUCGCGUCCAGCCUGCACAAAAUUUAGAUAAUGCUGCAACUCAUAAAAUAGUCAAAGUUGCUCACAAAGCAAUCAAGCCAAAACCAUCUGAAAUUCCUCUGCCUGGGUCAAUGGAAGAAGAUUUUUUAUUAGAAAGUGAAGGAAAUCCUAUUCAAUUUUAGAAAUAAAUUGUGGCGCUGAUGGAAAUUUUGCUCCGCACUCCCUAUGGAGCAGGUAGGAGUCUAUCUAAUAAAACUGAAGCAGGGACUCUGUCAUUUUUGAAGUUUGCCUUCAGGCUUGGCCAUGCCUUGCCGAGGGAGGGAAUACAUAAAUGAGGCUGGAAAUCCGAACCUACCGACUCAGUCUUGUCGAAGAGGGAAGCUUUUUCUCCCCAAAGGGUUUUUGUCCUGCCAGAUGGGCUAGAUUUGCCUACCACAUGGCCUUCCCUUGUCAGGACCAUCGGAGUACUCUCAUCUUAAUCGCUUAAUUUAUAAUUUAUUCACUUUUUGCGAGUGAAAAAUCCAAGUACAGGAAAUUUUGAAAUGAAUCACAGGAUAUUCCGUGCUGACUAUUCUGAAGACCCAAAGCCACCUGCUUCAAAAACUCCAAAAACCAUUGAAUUUUUUACUAAAAUCAAAAAAUCUGUAAAGGUUCUAGCUGAAAACGAGAGUCCACCGCCCCUAAAAGUAUCAAGCCUUCGUAAUUUAUUCCGCAAACAAACUUCUCUAGUAAGCCCUGAAGCAAAAUACAAUGAAAAAUUAAUGCAAAUUAAAGAAGGCAUGAAAAAAGAAGCAGAAACUGAAGAAAAACUAUUAAAAUCUUUAAAAACAGGCCAAAGGAUAACUGAAACAAAGCAAACUCACUGCCUAGAAAAUUAUUAUUCAAAAACUAAUUAUUGGCAUAAAAUUGCUGAAAAUUUAUCACAAAAAGUGAAUAAACAGCCACAAGAUUUAAUGCUAAAUUCAGCUCCUAAUUUUAGGCAGAAAAAAGAAGAAUGCGAGCUUCUCGAUAAAAUUUCUCCAUUAAGGGAUAAAUAUGGAAAUUUAGCAUGAUAUUUGACACUUAGGCAAUGGCCUGAAUCAGAAAUACCUGGUGAAGUAUGAAUUCCUAUAGGUAGCCAAUUAACUGGUCUUUAUACACCAAUUCGCCAUAGAUGUAAUACAGCUCAGGAAGUUAUAAGAACUGUAGGGUCACAUGCCAGCUCUAGGGGAAGUUUACGAUCUUCUCAGUAUUUUCGAAGAAAAAUUAAAGAAAAUAGACAAAAAAAAGAAGAAAUUUUAAUUGACAAUGAAUUUGAUGAUAUGAUGGUUCAAGGUGAAGCAAAAUUCCCUAUUGAAAAAUCAGCUGCUGAGAAUAUAGGAGUCAAAUUUGUGACAACUGAUAUUGGAAACAAUAUUUUGCCAGAGCAGACAAUUGAAUUGAAUUAUGAAGUAAAAGUAAAAUAUUAA